AUGGCCCAAAUGAUGAGGAAGUUUGUUGUGAGCAACAUGUGUGUUGUCGUUGGUCUCACUAGAAGAUCAAGUGCCAGGAGUUUAGCUACUGGCAAAACAAUGCCUGUUAAGAAACCUGACUUGCCACCUGAGGGGGAGAUCACAAAAUCGGUGUUCAUGUCUCAGUCAACUGACAUUUAUACAAAUCUGGCAAUGGAGGACUGGAUGUACCGUAACAUGGACUUUUCUAAUCAUCAUGUUAUGAUGGUAUGGAGAAAUGAGCCAUGUGUUGUUAUUGGCAGACACCAAAAUCCUUGGCUGGAAGCAAAUGUACCUUUCUUGGGUGAAAAGGAUAUUUCAUUGGCACGCCGCAACAGUGGUGGCGGCACUGUGUACCAUGACCGUGGCAACCUCAAUAUCACAUUCUUCACCCACCGUGAUAGAUAUGACAGGAAGUACAACCUGGAGAUUAUCAAAAGGGCACUAUACAGAAGCUUUGGAAUCAAAUCCCUUAUCAACGAGCGCCAAGAUAUCAUUGUUAGGGACAAAUAUAAAGUGUCUGGAACAGCUGCUAAACUCGGCCGUUUAUCAGCAUACCAUCACUGCACACUCCUAGUCAACGCCAACAAGGCUGAUCUCAGCAAAGCACUUGCUAAACGAGAGCAUGGCAUACAGACAACCGCGACGCCCUCCACGCCGUCUCCCGUUGCCAACUUGGCUGACCUGGACAAUAGGGUGACUGUAGAGAGCCUGCAGACUGCCAUCGGAUAUGAGUACUUGCGAACACCGGCGCUGCACAUUGAUGAUGCUGGGGAGAGGCAUAUUUCAAAGCAGAGGGGCUUCCAAUUUGUGAACCCUACCGAGGAUUGGUAUCCAGGUAUUGCAGAACUUAGAGACGAGCUGACAACAUGGGACUGGUGCUUUGGCAGAACACCUGAGUUUACUGUGAGUCGCUCCUUCCCAGUUCCAGCUGAACUCCUGCCGUCCAAAUUAUACUCGGCUACCCAGGAACUGAUCAUAACUAUGACAGUGGAGAAGGGCCUGAUCAAUGACGUCACGCUCAACAUUCCACCUGGCCUGAUCGAAUCAGGUUUCCAUGGGGAGGCGUCAGUGAUAACCCACCUAAAGGGCAAGCGGUUCACCUCAGAAGCGCUAGCGGCCCUCGAAGACGCGAUGUUGACGCGUCACUUGACAGGCGACAUCAGAAAGCUGGAUGAAAAGGAGCAGUUUGUCGCAAAGUGCUUCGACCAGGUGGUCAAUACUGUUUAA